AUGGCUGAAAUCGAUGAAGAUUCGUUUUAUCCAGAUCCAGAUGGACCAAAUGCUGAAAAAGCUCGACUAGGCCCUCCUGACCGUUGGAUAUAUUGCCCUGCUGUUGGAUCGGUGAUUGCGAAACAUUUUCUUCCGUUUAAGACACCUCUUUGCAAACUUUAUGAUGAAUAUAUCGAAGGUGAACGGUAUUUGUUUCAUCCGAAGGAUAUAUUCGCAAAUCCUCUUAAAGGCGCCGAUCCUGGUGCCAAAAUUGGUCUCUGGAUCGAUUUAACCAAAACAAAUCGUUAUUACAGCAAAAAGGAGGUUGAGAGUAGAGGAUGUGUUUAUAUUAAAAUGGCCAUGAAAGGUCACAAAGAGGUGCCAAGCGAGGCGCAGACAGAGUUUUUUUGUAAUCUUGUUCAGGAUUUCUUGCUGCGAAAUCCGAAAGAUGUUGUCGGAGUGCACUGUACGCACGGUUUCAAUCGUACAGGAUUUCUUAUAACCGCAUAUCUUGCCACAUGUCUUGACUGGGCUGUAGAUGCUGCUGUUCAUACUUUUGCAAAGCAUAGACACAAUGGUCAACCGCUUUUCAUGAGUGGUGCUGUUCCACGUGUUACUUAUGUUGCUGAUUCGAUGAUGAGAGGAAUUCUUCAAAGCAAGAUAGCUCAGAUGUGUGGGUCAACACGAGACGGGUUUCCUGGUAGUCAGCCAGUUUCUAUGGAACGAUCUCCUGAAAAUAAUAACUUGCAUCUGCUUGCUGAAAAUGAUUAUAUGGUUUCUUGGAAGGCCGAUGGCACAAGAUAUAUGGUGCUUAUUGAUGACGAAGAUUCAGUUUUUGCAUUCGAUCGUGAUAACAAUGUUUUUCGAAUUCCAUUUUUAUAUUUCCCUCAUCGAAAAGAAAAAAGGCAUAUCCGACAUACAUUACUUGACUGCGAAAUGAUUAUUGACAAAGUCGUCGAUGAUUCUGGAAUGCAACAAACUGUACCGCGCCUUUUGGUGUAUGAUAUUGUAAAAUUCGAGGAAAAUAAUGUUGGUGCAUGCGAUUUCAAAACGAGGUUGUUUUGUAUUCGUCGAGAAAUAAUUGGACCUCGAAAAGAGGCCAUGCAACGUGGAAUAAUUAGAAGAGAAAAUGAGCCAAUAAGUGUUCGCGUAAAGGAUUUCUGGGAAUUGGAAGCCGUGCCAAAAUUUUUUAGUGAUAAAUUCACAAAGAAUGUUGGCCAUGAAAUCGAUGGGCUUAUAUUUCAGCCUGUGCAUGAAGCGUACCGGCCUGGGCGGGUUGACACAAUUCUAAAGUGGAAGCCUCCAUCGCAUAAUUCAAUCGAUUUCAAACUACAAAUUCGGAAAAUAUGUAAUGUAGGUGAACUUCCUGAAUAUGUAGGCUUACUAUUUGUGCAACACGAAGCGACGCCUGUGGCUCAAUUGAAGGCUACGAAGAAACUGUUGCCUUACGAUAACAAAAUUGUUGAAUGCAAUUUUGUGAAUGGCAAAUGGCAAUUUAUGCGAGAACGAACUGAUAAAAGUUUACCGAAUUCGAUGAAAACUGCGAAGGCCGUGUUUAAUAGCAUAAGAUAUCCGAUUAGCAAAACUGAUUUAAUCAAUUUCGUAGAAUCGACGUGUAUUUCUCGAGCAAAAAAGAGAAAUCUAGAUAAUUGCUCUUCUAAUUUGUCAUCAAAACGAGCUCAUACUUGA